AUGGGGGCCGACGGCAGCAAACACAGGAAGAGGCCCACUGAGGGGCAGGAGGAAGAGCCCCUCCCAUCUGGAUGGCGUGGCUUCCUCUCCAGCAUGGGCCUGUCAAUCCCAGCAGCCCUAUGUCGCCUGGCCCCACCGGGCCUGCGCCUGGGCCGGCACCGAAUGCUCCAAGGCAAGUCCCCUGACAUCCCGGAGCACGUCCUGAGGCUGGCGGGAGUCGGCCCAGACAAGCUGAGAGCGGAGUGGAGCCUGCCGGGGUUCAUUAGUAUGUUCCUGCCUGAAUAUCCCCACAGAGCCCUGCCUGGGCAGGAACACUUCCAGGUGUUGGGUUAUAUCGCCAAAGGUUCAUUUGGACCCAUUCUGAAAGUAAAGGACAAGUCCAAACGGAAAACAUAUGCUGUCAAAGUUAUUCCUAAAUCAGAGAUUCUGAGACUCGGGGUCUUAGAACAGUCAAAAGAAGAAGUCAUAAUCCAGCGUCAGGUUCGCCACCCAUUUGUCCACGACCUCGAGGACUGCUGGCAGACACAGCGCCACCUCUACAUUAUGUGCGACUACUGUAGCACGGGAGACCUGUACACCUAUUGGCAGAUGAUUGGUCAGUUCACAGAGGACACAGUACGGGUGUUUGCAGCAGAGUUGGGAUGUGCGCUCGGCUUUCUGCACGACUUUGGGAUCAUUCACAGAGAUGUGAAGAUGGAGAAUAUUCUGCUGACAGACAACGGACACCUCCGCUUAGCUGACUUUGGUUUGUCCCGUCGCCUGGAGAGAGGAGGACGAGCCUUUACAAUCUGUGGAACAAUCCAAUACAUGGCCCCUGAGGUGUUGAGUGGUGGACCCUAUAACCACGCAGCUGAUUGGUGGUCGCUGGGCAUUCUGCUUUUCUCAUUGGUUACUGGGAAGUUUCCUGUGCCUGCAGAAAUAGACCACUGUUGUAUGCUGAGGAAAGUGCGGGGUUUCCCCUAUGAAAUGCCCCUAAGCUUCAGCUCCCCAUUUGCCUUGCUAAUAACCGAGCUUUUGUGCAAGACUCCCGCCCGCCGCCUCAGGACCAUCGAUCGUUUCAAACGACAAACCUUCUUCUACGGAUCAACCUUCGACCUCGCUCUGCUGCAGCGCCAGCCCGUAGAGGUGAUUUUGGAGCUGAGAGAGAGGCCAGACCGAGCCGCCAAAGCUCGACGAGGCCUCACUUUGUCUCUGCAGCCGCUUAAAGGCUUCGACUAUGACUUCCUGCUCAGCCCGCCAGCCACACCGGACACACAGCUGGACGCCGACACACAAACUCACGCUGAUGCACCGCUGCCCGGCCCGGCACUCCCAUUGAAACCCACUCAGGAAAAUGUCCCACACAGAGAAGUGUUUGUGUGA